CUUGCAGCAAUCGACCUCACCUCAGAAGCGAACUUCUUCUCUCAAUCUUGCUCGCUCUUUCUCCGAGGUCAGCUCAGUCGCUCAACAUGGGUAUCGAGAUUCACGGAACUGCCGCUUCCACCUGCACUGGAAGAGUGCUGCUCACUUUGUUCGAGAAAAAUGUCGAGGACUACAAGAUUGUCCAAGUCGAUAUGGCGAAGGGAGAGCACAAGAGCCCCGAGUUCUUGAAGAGCCAGCCAUUCGGUCAAAUUCCUUACAUCAUCGACGGAGACGUGAAACUCUUCGAGUCCCGCGCGAUUGCCAGGUACGUGACGAAGAAGUUCGCCGACCAGGGCACUCCCCUGUACGGAUCAUCUCCCAAGGACGCCGCCUUGACCGAGCAAUGGUUGGAAGUCGAGUCGCAGAGCUACAACGGACCAAUCUCAACCAUUGUCUUCAACCUGGUGUUCGCGCCCAUGUUUGGAAUGACCACCGACGAGGCCGUCGUGGCUGCCCAAACGGCUAAGCUCGAGGCCGUGCUCGAUGUGUAUGAGAAGAGACUGUCCGAGAGCAAGUACUUGGCCGGCGACUUCUUCAGCCUGGCCGAUUUGUCCCACAUCACCUACACCCACUACUUGAUGAACGUGGCCCAGAAGGGAGCCAUCUACGACUCUCGCCCCCAUGUCAAGGCCUGGAUUGCCGACCUCUUCUCGCGCCCCUCUACGCAAAAGUGGCUCAAGGAAGCCGGAUUCGCCAAGUGAAAACUUUCUCACCUCUCACUUUACAUGAGCAUAUAAUUUUUGGGGUACUCCUAACCUCUGACUGAGGUGCGACGGCCAUCGUGGCCAAGUGUGAAUAUUUAUAAAGUUUAUAAACAUAGGCCACCACUUUUGUAUACAUGA